AUGCCAUGCGACCUCACCAAAGACUCCAGCAUCAUCGUCGUUGGAGCCGGCACUUGGGGCUGUUCAGCUGCUCUGCACCUGGCUCGUCGUGGCUACAUAGAUGUGACCGUAUACGAUCCCUUCCCUGUCCCUUCAGCAAUCUCGGCUGGCAACGACAUAAACAAAGUGUUGGAAGGCGGCUCAUUCUCCGAUGGCGACGACCAGGCAAUUGUGGCAGAAAUACUGUUGGCCGCUGCCAGGCAGGGCUGGAAGCACGAUCCAGUCUUUACUCCUUUCUUCCACAACGUUGGAUACAUCCUCGCCGCGUCCUCUCCCGAGGCCAUCAAGACCACGUACGAUCGAGAGAUCCGACACCAUAAAGAGCUAUUCACUGAGGUCAGCUCCCCCGAGGAGUUCCGCAAUACCAUGCGCCCUGGUGUUCUGACCGGAAAUUUCCCCGGCUGGAAGGGCUGGCACCAAAAGUCGGAUGUGGGCUGGGUACACGCCCGCAAGGCCAUGACUUCUGCAUUCAACGAAGCUUCUCGUCUGGGUGUCAAGUUGGUUUCUGGAAAUGCCCGUGGCCUGGUCAAGGGCUUGCUCUUGGAGAACGACGACGUUGUCGGUAUCCGUACUGCAGAUGGUCUAGAGCAUCGGGCCGACAGAGUCAUCCUGUCGGCCGGUGCCCAUGCCGCGUCUAUCAUCGACUUUGAGAACCAACUUCGCCCGACGGCCUGGACUGUGGCUCACAUCAAGAUGUCCCCAGAGGAGGCAAAGCUAUACAAGGAUCUUCCCGUCCUAUUCCACAGUGAGAAGGGAUUCUUUAUCGAGCCCGAUGUUGACAAGCUCGAGCUCAAGAUCUGCGAUGAACAUCCUGGCUACGUCAACUGGGUUCUCCCGAACUCUGACGGUGGCGACAGCUCAAAGAGUCUUCCCCAGUCCAUCCCAAUCCCCCGAAACCAGAUCCCUGCUGCCUCGGCUCGCCGCAUACGCGAGUUCCUCAGCGAGGUCCUACCCCAGCUGGUAGACAGGCCAUUUAGUCAUACCGCCACCGUCUGGUGUGCCGACACGCCUAACCGCGCCUUCAUCAUCACGAAGCACCCGAGGCACCCAUCUCUCGUGGUGGCGGCCGGUGACUCGGGCCAUGGUUUCACCCAUCUGCCCUCAAUCGGCGGCUUCAUUGCCGAUGUCAUGGAGGACGGCCUUGACCCUCGGAUUGCGCAGACGUGGCGGUGGAGGCCCGAGACGGCCAAGGAAUUCUGGGGCAAUAACUUGCUGGGAAGAUCCGGAGCCGGAAACCGCGUCCAAGACAUCAAGGAGACUAUCGAAGAGGGCUGGGUGCAGGGAUACGCGGACUCGGUUUGCUCCACCAGUGGCAAAGCACGUUUGUAA